AUGUCUCCUCUCAAAGCCUAUGGCAAAGUAGAGGAAGCCCAACAAGCCAUGCUCGAGGCUCGUCGAAAAACCAGAAAGAGACUCACCAUCAUAAGCCUCUCCUCAAUAUUACUAGCCGCAAUUGUUGUUGCGGCAGUAUUGGGAACUCGUGCUUCUAGCUCUAACAAUGGCGAUCAAAGUAAAGGCGCCAUUUCUACGUCAAUUAAGGCAGUAUGUGAUGUUACCUUAUACAAAGAUUCUUGCUAUAACAGUCUUGCUCCCUUGGCCAAAUCCGAUCAUCUUCAACCUGAAGAGCUUUUCAAGUUGUCAAUGCAAGUCGCCAUGAAUGAGCUUUCAGAAGCUUCUCAAUAUUUCUUCUCUACAGAUUAUGUCACUGAUAAAACGACCAGUUUAGCCUUGAAAGAUUGUCGAGAUCUUAUCGAUUUAGCUCUGGACCAUUUAAAUGGCUCACUAUCUUCUACUAAUGACGUUUCUGUGCUUGACAUUGUGGAUGAUCUUAGAAGUUGGUUAAGCGCAGCUGGUUCUUGCCAACAAACAUGCAUUGAUGGAUUAGAGGAGGCGGGAAAAAUUAACGGGAAAGAUUAUCUUAAAAAUUCUACUGAGCUAAUUAGCAACAGCUUAGCCAUUAUUACAUGGAUUUAUAAGGUUUCAAGCACAGUAAACAUGAGGCGGUUAUUGAACUACCCUAAAAACGACAGGGCGACCAUGAAGAUGCCGACAUGGCUGCAUGAAAAAGAACGUAAAUUGAUCGAAAGUAAAGAUCUGAAGUUGAAGGCUGACGCUGUUGUGGCAAAAGAUGGGUCUGGCAAGUACAAAAGAAUUAGCGAUGCACUAAAAGCUGUUCCCAGUAAAAGCAAAAAGAGAUUCAUUAUUUAUGUGAAGAAAGGAAUUUAUCUUGAAAAUGUUCGUAUUGAGAAAUCGAAGUGGAAUGUUAUGGUUAUCGGCGACGGAAUGGAUGCAACUAUUGUCUCUGGAAACCUCAACGUUGUGGAUGGAACUCCCACAUUUUCAACUGCAACUUUUGCUGUUUUUGGCAAGGGCUUCGUUGCUAGAGACGUGGGAUUCGAAAACACAGCAGGUGCAAUCAAGCAUCAAGCAGUAGCAUUAAUGUCAAACGGGGAUCAAUCAAUCUUUUAUAGAUGCAGCUUCAAUGCAUUCCAGGACACUCUCUAUGCACAUUCCAAUCGCCAAUUCUACCGCGAAUGCAACAUUUAUGGAACUGUUGAUUUCAUCUUUGGAAACUCUGCAGUUGUAAUUCAAAAUUCCAAUAUACUGCCAAGAAGGCCUAUGAAUGGUCAACAAAACACCAUUACAGCCCAAGGAAGGUUUGACCCUAACCAGAAUACUGGAAUUUCAAUCCAGAAUUGCACCAUCAAGUCUUUUGGAAAUUUAAGUGAUGUAAAGACAUUCCUUGGAAGACCUUGGAAGAAUUACUCCACUACUGUAUUUAUGCAGUCAAUGAUGCCAAGUUUCAUUCAACCUAGUGGAUGGUUGCCAUGGACAGGAAAUACAGCUCCACCUACAAUAUUUUAUGCUGAAUUUGAGAAUUUCGGACCUGGUUCUUCUACAAAGAAUAGAGUUAAAUGGAGAGGCUUGAAAAAUAUUACUAAAAGAAUAGCUACUAAAUUUACUGUCAAGGAAUUCCUCCAGGGAGAUAAGUGGAUUCCGGAAACAGGCAUUAGCUUCCGACCUGGUCUUUGA